ACCAUUAAUUCCAAUUACUUCUUUUUCUUCUUCUACUCAAUCUUGCUGAUCAACAAUAGUAGUAAUGGCACCAAACAGCAUAAAAAAACUCAGGAAGCUGCCUCACGUGUUCAGCAAAGUCCUUGAAUUACCGAUCCCGUCCAACGCGGAUGUCGAGGUGGAAGAAAACCCCGAAUUCUUCCGCUUCAUGGCGAAAAUCGAGCAGCAUGGUGAAAAUAUUCGUAAUGUGAGGGCGCAAACAGUGGAGAUUCAUCCAGGGAUUACAAAGAUAGUAGUGAGAAAUGGUGGUGAAGCGGAGCUACUGAUGUUGGACCAAUUGAAUGUGGACACGUGGAGAUUUAGGUUACCUGCGUCCGCAAAACCGGAGCUGGCUACGGUUGUGUUUGCGGACGGGGAGCUAAUCGUAACGGUGCCGAAAGGUGUGAACGGUCGUGGAGGGUACGGAGGGAAGGAUGUUUUGGUAUGCCGCGGAAAUAUCACGCUUGUUCUUGUACAAUAGUUAAGACAAGAGUAUAAGCUAGAGCUCCCCAUAUAUUGAUAUUAUUUUCUUUUUAGUUUCUAAAUCUUAGGGACGAAAUGAUAUAUUUCUAUAUUUGAAAAUAAUUAUGUUUAAACUUCUAUUUCAUCCUUAUAAUAAAAAAUACAUUAUCAAAUAAGCAGAUCCAGAACAUGUUUACAAAACCAUAUACAAAAUUAUUCAAAACUUAAAUCAAAGGAAAUUCCAAGGUGAAUUUUUUGCCAUGAUGUUUAGUAAAUUACCAUUUUUU